GGGAUAGAAAAGUGUGUGAAGAGAGAGGGACGAGAAAAGCACUUGAUUGAAUUGAGCUUGAAAAUAGCGAGUUUCAAAAAUUAAACUGAAAACAAGACAAGAGUUUUAAAGUCAGAUCUUUUGUGAGUCUAUAGUACUUUCCAGUUUCAGAAUUCAUCUUUCCUGUAGAUCGAAGUUUUCUAAUAAGAAUUUAUGUGAUCAGAAUUUUCCUUAACUCAUCGCAUCUCGGCAUCUUGUAUAUCAUUGUUUACACAAGUGAUAGUGCUCGAAAUAAACAUUUUUAACACCUCCACGUAUCAUUCAUACACGAUUGAUUAUCAUGGAUUUGCUUGGCGCUAAAGAAGAGAAAAGACAAGUACCAAAGAUGUUAAAACAAAUUUUACAAUAUGAUGUUCAAAUAACAAAGAAAUUCGUUGAAAAUGCUAUGAAAAUAACUGCAUUAAGAUCAAUACGUACACAUGCAAAAUUGUUUGAGGUCUCCUGUCAUGGAAUAGUGUGGCUCGCAGGAUGGCUGAGUUUCAUUUGGCUGUUUAACAAUAAAGACCUCUACCAGUUGCAAGUUAAUACACUUAUUGCUCUCAUCCUAGACAUUAUAUUAGUAGCUGCAAUCAAAGCAUUUGUCAGAAGACGCAGGCCAGUACCUAUGAACAAACUAAUGGAGCUGGGUCCUGAUAAAUUUUCAUUUCCUUCCGGGCACACAAGCAGAGCUGUCAUGAUCGCAAUCAUACUUAUGUACCUAGAUCCCAUUUCAAUUUUCUUAUACCCACCACUUAUUGCAUGGGUUACUGCUGUCUCUGUAUCAAGAGUGCUACAAGAACGCCACUACAUUUUAGAUGUGAUUGGGGGAGCUGGCUUGGGUAUAUUUGAAGGACUAUUGAUGUAUAUUCUGUGGUUAUCACAGAGCACAUCAGCAAGCAUUCUGUCUUCACUUUCAGAUGAAAAAAAGGAUGGUGGUGAAUAUCAUGUUUGAUUUAAAACUUACUUAAAUUCCUACAAUUUUAUUUUGAACAAGAUACUGUAAAGGCGAAUAUUCUAUUCGUCCCGUGAACUCUACCCGUCUAAACAAUGGCUGACCAUUGCCUGUGGCCAGCCGGGCCAGCCAUUGGUUGGACAAACCCGCAAAGUGCCACCGUCUUAUUUUUAUCAAUUUAUUUAAUUUAUUAGCAGUUUCUGAAAGAGUAGUCUAUAUAUAUUAAGUUUAGAAAGAUAUUGCAGUUUUCCAUUAUCAAUGUAGUCACAAUUUAUUACACGGAUUUCGGAUUUCUGUGCCCACCAUUUUUGGUUUUGUAAAUUGUGGUAACUGUGUCCAGUUGAAAACAAAUACUCUAAUAAAAUCUUUUAUCUAGUGUAGUAUAAUUUGUAUAAAUUAUUGUGUUUUUUUUAAUAAAAAAUGAAAUUGAUAAAAAUGGGAUGUUAGUGUGCGGAUUUGCAGAGCCUAAGAAUAAGAGUGAGUAUGCGAAAAAAAUUUCAAUAUUACAACCCAAUUAUAAAAUUGUGUCCCAAAAAAAUUGUAGGGCAUGCUUGAAGUGGCAAAUUCAUGUUUGGUUUAUUACAAGUAUGUCAAUGAAAAUCUAUUUAUUGUUGUUGUUUUCAAAGUUUAAACCAGUAAUGGUUUGUUCUUGUGUUCUUAUUGUUUAAGUAGACAGUGCUGGUAAUUGAAUUAUAUUUUGUAAGUAAAUUUAAUAUGAAUAAAGCAGUUAAAAGAGGUA